GUCGUCCGCCAGGCAAGUGCACAACACCGUUUAUCCAGCUGGUAUGACCUCUCAUCGUCUGGCGUGGCGUGAUCGCUGGCAUCUUACUGGUGGAGGAAGACAUGGUCCGCGCUUGGAGUCUCCACUAUGGUAGAUCGUGUAUACGAGAGAGAAGUCUACCAGGAUCUUGGAACCAGACCACGUUAUCCGGUAACGGCGGUGAUUUCUGGAUGCUCUUAGGACAGAUAACGUGUGCAGGUGCUGCGAAAUUUGAGAAUGCGCCAGAGAUCUUUUAUCACUCACGGGAAGCACCUUUCAGACGAGCCCAGUCCGCAAUUACCAGUGAUCACUGAGUGUUUGGUUGGGAGUUGAGGAAGUUUGGGAGUUGUUCGUUCAUGCCGUUUUUAAAGCUGUAUCCCAUGCGUUGUCCUCGUCAUCGCU